CCAAUCACAGCAUCGCAAAGUUCUUCUGCGGAAGAGAGAUGCGAAGGAGAUGGCUGAACUUAGAUAGCCCUGUGUUUAGGAAUAUCUUCACCAUGGAUCUUCUCCGUAGGAAAGAGGGAUGCGGAGGACGACUGCUUGUCCUUGCAGUAGUGUUUGGGUGGUGUUUAGGGUCUGUGAGCUGUUUCGGACAGAACCUAGACAGCGAGUUCACGUUUCUGCUACAAGCCGGAAGAUCCGAGUGUUUCUUUCAAACAGCAAUAAAGAAUGGUACGAUGGAGGUCGAAUAUCAGGUGAUAGCGGGUGCUGGUAUGGACGUAGACUUCACCAUCAUCUCUCCAGAAGGCAUCCGGCUCAUCUUUGAGUCUCGGCGCUCUGACGGAGUCCACGUGGUGGAGCCUACGGUGGAGGGAGACUAUGAAAUCUGCUUUGACAACAGCUUCAGUCACUUCUCAGAGAAGAUGGUGUUCUUCGAGAUCAUCAUCGAGGGUCAAGGAGGAGAUGUGGGUGGAGAUGAAGAGUGGCCGGGAAUAGAGGAGCCUGAUGGAAGCCUCCUGGAGUACAAGCUGGAGGACAUCCGGGAGUCCAUGGACUCUCUGCACAGACGCUUGGAGCGCAGCCGUCAGAUGCAGACAGUGUUGCGGGCUUUUGAGGCACGGGAUCGAAACCUUCUGGAAGACAACCUGUGGAGGGUCUCAUUCUGGUCCUGUGCCUGUGUACUGGUGAUGCUGUGUGUGGCCCUUACCCAGGUUUACACUGUCCGUAAACUGUUCGACGAUAAGCGGAGGGUCUACACAUAGAGGGAUUAUUUUGCAGUUAUAAAAGACAGCCUAUGAAGGAGAACAAUCCAAUACAAGAUGUUUGGCUGGUUACCAUUCAGACUAUGCUCCACUAUGUUCCAUUUAGUCUCCAUGAAUACCAGCAUUCAACAUCAGUGUUACUGGAUCUUUUUUACUUUGAAAAUGUUGUUUUAGAUCAGUUUGUGAGCAAUAAUUAAAUAUUAUUAGAUCAUGAAGGGUAGCCAGGUGAGGAAGUUCAAGUUGGUUACUUCUAUUUAUUUGUUUGCCUUUCAAAUCUUACCACAAACCAAUGAGGAAAUACAUUUUAAAAGGCACUGCCUACAUAGACCGAACAAUAAAUGUUGUAGUAUAACUGCUGUCCUAUGUUUCUGAAACUAGUGAGAAGUUUUAGGGUUUUUUCUUGAAAGGUGAAAUUAUACCUACCAAAGGUAAGAGGUCGGUAAUGUGACACAACUCAAAAACUGAUCCACAGAACUCCUAUUCAGCUGGUUUACAAGGGAUGACGAUGUGCAAUAGUGUUGUUGGCGUAUUUGUUCUUCCUACGGUUUAAGGUCUUUCCAUUAUAUUAGUGAUCCGUCCAUCUGACCAGGUGUUUCCUUGGUUACAGUUGUGUUGAUGGUUAGUUCUUUUGAGAUGUUACUGAUUUCUUUUCACGUGCCAGUUAAAGUCCAUGCUGACGUGUUGACAAAUAAGAAUGUAGAAUAAGAAAGAGGGAUGAUUUGCAGUGAUUGCCAGUAAUGUACUGUAAUGUGUCAGUACUCUUCCAGACAAACAUGUAGUUUGUAGUGUAUGUGUAUGUCAGUUCAUGUAUCAGGAUAAUUCAGUGUGAACAUACUGAUUGUUUGAUGUGUGUUGUGUGUUACUGGCUUCUGUUCGGUCUUCUAGAUUAUCAAACUUGUUUCUUUUUUCAGAUGUAUGUUUGAGUCAACACAAUGUGACAUUUUGAUUCUGAUCAGACAGACUUUUUUUUUAUAAGAACGGGCUUUCAUUACAUAUUCAAUAGAAUACGUAAAAAUCAGGUUUACAUGAGAUUCAUUGAUAUUAUUAAAUGCAUUUUUUACACAGAA